GAUUUAAACAAGAAAAAAGUGAAAAGACCAAGGAUCAGAGAAAGGGAAUCAUUUCAGAGGAGAAGAGAAAAGAAUGAACGAUGCAGAUGUUACUAAGCAGAUCCAACAAAUGGUUAGAUUUAUUAGACAAGAAGCUGAAGAGAGAGCAAAUGAGAUCUCUGUUUCUGCUGAAGAGGAAUUCAACAUUGAGAAGCUCCAACUAGUUGAAGUUGAAAAGAAAAAGAUUAGGCAAGAGUAUGAACGUAAGGCAAAGCAAGUCGAAGUCCGUAAGAAAAUUGAGUAUUCCAUGCAGCUGAAUGCAUCGCGUAUAAAGGUUCUGCAAGCACAAGAUGACUUGGUGAAUGGAAUGAAGGAUUCUGCUAGCAAAGAUCUUUUACGUGUCUCUGAUAACAAGAAUGCAUACUCCAAGCUUCUCAAGGACUUGAUUGUUCAAAGCUUGCUUCGUUUGGAAGAGCCAGCAGUGUUGCUUCGGUGCAGAGAAGUUGACCGUGCACUCGUACAAUCCAUUUUGGAGAAAGCAACACAAGAGUAUGCAGAGAAAGCCAAAGUUCAAGCCCCUAAGGUUACUAUCGAUGGUGUAUAUCUUCCACCACCACCAUCCAAAAAGGAUUCUCAUGGUACCUAUUGCUCUGGAGGAGUGGUAUUAGCGUCACAGGAUGGGAAGAUAGUGAUGGAGAACACACUUGACGCAAGAUUGGACGUCUGCUUCAGAAAGAAAUUACCGGAGAUCCGAAAGCAUCUUUUUGCAAGUGCUAUUGCAUAAGUAUCAAACAAUCCAUUUCCAUAUUUCGAGAUGACGGAUAGCAUUUUUUGGUCUCAAAUGCUCGAGUAAAUCUUACCGAUUCUCAUGUUAUGCCUAUUUCUAUCUUGAAGCUUUUGCAUUCAUUAGUGUGGUUUCUUUCAAGUAAGGUGAUCUGUUCUGUGUUUUUGUCCUUCAAAAUUGUUCUUGCUUUGAUACCUGAACCAAUAAAUGCUUCAGUAAGAUACUUUAAGUAUUUGCUUGUCAAUAAGGGAUUCCAACCCCUGAAUCCUGGUUCCAA